GGAACGUCGAGAAGAAGAUUGUGAAAAGAAAACAAACAAAUCUGAAUGCACGAAACUGUGAAACCUGCUUGUAGUUUAAAGUAAUCCGUAUCAAAUUAUCAAAUCCAACAAAGUGUGACAUAACUAACCUAUUAGUUAUUACCCCAGCGUACUUAAGUAGACUUUGUCGUGGUCAGUGUAAAGUUAACAGUUUUUUUUCGUAUAUUUUGGUAAAGAUAGUUGGCUUCAUCGAACCCAACCAGUGGUUCCAGUUAUGUCAUGAUAGAAGAAAAUGCAUCGAAUUCUUUUCCCAUUCCAAAUAUGUUCAAGGGUUCCUCCUAUAAUAACACCAAAGCUGUUAGAAACAUGCAGCUUUCUAUCGAAAGGGCCAACCACUCUCCAUGUUCCACAGAAGUUCCGUACUCGACUAUAAGAAACCUAAGUAUAGGAGAGUCAUUAAAGGAGUCCAGACACCUUUCAAGCACCAUUAUAAUGUUCCAUAUACUGAGCUGAGUAGUUUGUUGAUAAACCAUCUACCAAAACUUAAAUAUGUCAGUAAAGAUCAGUUGAAUGACUUAUUAAUAUACCUUAAGAAAGGUGAUUACAAAUGGGAGGAAGUGAAGAAGGAGAAAGAAAUCUUGCUUUUGCCUUACCGUGAAGUAAAACACCGUUUUAAUCUUCUUGAUGAAUUUGGUUUACUACAUCCUCGGUUGCAUGAUGUUUUACACAUUGGAGUUUUCCUUCAAACCAAAGUGGCUUUACUGCGAACUCUUGGAAUGUAUAGCGAACAUUAUGAUGUGAUUGACCAUAUUCUGUAUAGAACUGAAGAGCUGGAAUUACCUGAAGAAAUAUUAUUCAAGAUCAAGAACACCUUCCUGGAUAUUGAAGAGCUUUCCUUAGCAGGGAUACAUCUUUAUAUUUUAGCAUACUAUUUAUCCCAAAGAUUUAAAGUUGAUGUAGAUGUCGUCAAGGAUAUGAUGAAGAUCCAGCUUUUGCCUACUUGGAAGCCUCUUAUGGCCUACACUCAAAUCUGUGAUAUUUUAAUAGAAGUCUUGAAGUUGGAAUUUUCUUUUGUAAUGGACCAUCCUGCAGUACUGAAUAUAAAUCCUGAAAAUGUAAAAAAAAUCAUAAGGAGUUGUUCUGUAAUUGGUGGAGCUCUUAUAACUGAAUUAAUUAGAGAAGAUCCAAAAAUUCUUCUUAUACCUCACCAAAAGUUAUCCAGAUGGGGAAAGUUGUUUGAUAAAUAUAAAGUUACAGGACUCAAAGCCUCACCUGAAAUGAUUAGACUUUUUCAGUCUGAUGUUACUAAAGAACUAGAAGAAAGAUUUGCAGUCUUGCGAAAGAUGCCAGAAUUUGAGGACCAGUUGUCAGCGCUAAUGGCUCAGAGGACUCGCCCAGCAGUAGUCGAGCCUAAGCGGAGGAAGGACCUUAGGCUGCCUGUCAAGAGGAUGAAGCAGUCUCCUUCUCCCCCUCCUCGUUCGUCUCUUUCUCCAAUUGUGUCUCCUUCGGCGAAUCGCCGAUCUCGUUCGCCCGCUAAGAAAGCGGGUCGUCAGGACGCUUUCGUUCCCUCUAAACGUCAUGGGCAGGCUGCUCGCCGUGACGCUCGAGAGGGCGCUCAGGACGCUUUUGAGUACGCUCAGGACGCUUUCGAGGACGCUCAGCAGGACGCUUUCCAGGACGCUUCGGAGGACGCCGAGCAGGAAGAAGACGUGCACCAGGACGCUCGGAAGGAUGCUCGUAGUGACGUGUCUCCUUGUAAAGAGAUAGUUAAGACUAGCAAAGACACGCUUUCUUCUAAGUCUACACUUUUGUAUGAGGAACCUUCUUCUGCUUCUUCAGUAUCGGAUUACAAGGUUCUUGUGCGGCUGUUGCGCUCGUCCUUCGGGGACAAGUUUCAGCCUGCAGCUCCCAAGUCUCCUCCCUCGCAGUUUUCGUCUUCCAAGUCAUGUAAGACCCCAGAGUUUGUCGAAAUGAAGACUUCACUCUCCACUAAGAGGGCCUUCAAGAAACUCCAGGACUGGAUGGAACGAAGGAAGGAGCAGGGCAAGUCAACUUUCGCCCUUCCUCCCUCUAGACUCAGCGGAAAAGGAGGUAUUUGGUGGUUUUGGUGUCAAAAAGAUUUGUUGAACUACUUUUUGAAACCUCACGCUAUUAAAAAGAUUGUUGAUUUGACAUAUUCCGGGCAAGCUCUCAGCAGUGUUAAUGCAGCAUUCUAUGAUGUAAAGUCAUCUAGAUUGAAUUCAUACCGAUUAUUAUCCAGAGAAAUGAAGACUUUUAUUGCUAAGGAGCUGGGCAUUGAUGAAAAUAACGACCAGGAGUUUGCUCCAAUUAAUGAGUUAAGGACAAGUUUAGGAAUAGCAAACACCAGAAAGGUACUGAAGCUACUCAUAGACUAUGGAUUUUCUAAAGAACAGAUUCUAGACUGUAUACAGAUUCUAAGUUUGGAGUACACACCAUUAAAGUCAACUUUAGAUAAUUUUCCAAGAUUGCCAGAAACGCAACCCUUUCAUGAAUGGAUGAAGAAUUCUCAAGUUCUCCAUCUUUUAGCGUAUCUAGUGAAGAAAGACACCCCUACAAAUUGGUAGUUAUUUAUUUGACACUGCAUAACUACCAUUAUAUUGGUUGCUUCUCUGCCUGGGGAGCUUCUCAGACCUAUAGGACUUGAGUGGUCAUAGAUUUACAAAUUAAAUGUAAAUCUCUUUUUGUUAAACUUUUAUUGACAGUUUAAUUGUAAAUCUUUUUUAAUAAACUUUUAUUGUA